AUGAAGCUGACGACGUUCACCACGGACGUGCAAGUCGACGACGUAAAGCUGAUGUACAAAGUAGACAUGUCGACGACGACGUUCGCGGAGCAGGUGGCCCUCAUCGUGAAUCCGUUCUCUACCGGAGUGUGGCUGCUCAUUCUCGCCGUCAUCGUCACGACUGGGAUCUCGUACUCGGCGAUUCGCGGCGGACACGAGGUCUACGACGACAGCAAACCAGGCGACGACCUCAAGACCAGGGCGUGGGACACCGUCAAGUCCCUCGGCGCGAUGGUGUUCGGCGCCGUUCUCGAGUUCGCGACGCUGGAGUUUAACGUCGCGAGAGACGGGAACGAUAACCCGCUCACGGGGGGGCGGAACUCCAGCGCCAACGUCAUCAAACUCGCGCUCGCGUUGUUCACGCUUCUCACGUUUUUUAUAUACUCUGCGAAGCUCACGGCGAACAUCGUCGCGGACGACUCGACGCAGACCGGGAUAACCUCGAUGGAGCAGUGCGUCGCGCAGACGUGCAAAGUGUGCGUCGCGGAGGCGAUGGAGGAUAGUGCGUUUCGCAUCUACGGGGGAUCGAUUCAGUACUACCCAGUCCCGAUGGCCGGGGAGGACGUCGCGAGGGCGCUGAGGGAAGAGCACUGCGACAUCGCGCUCUUGAUCGAGCGCAUUUACGCCAAUGAAUGGGACGCGUACUUUGGCACUAGGAGUAAGGACGACAUGUGCCAGUACGAGUUCAGCGAGGUUGUCAUGCCGCUCGGCGUCGGGCAGCCGGUGAGAGAGGAAUACGCCGAGGCGCUCUCGUACUGGGUGAACAGCGUCGCGGAUACGAACGGAUAUCUCUCCACGUUAAUGAACGAAUACGCGCCGUUGCCCGGGUGCGGCACGAUCGCGACCGAGGACACGAGUUCGAUCACGAUCGAGGUGAUGACCGGUCCCGCGUUAAUCUUUUUCGGCAUCGUCGGCGCGAUUUUCGCGUACAACAUCAUCAGGAGACGAAAGAAGUUGCACGCGGCGAUGAAAAUCGCAGGCUCGUUUCUCACGAGGAAUAAAAAUGAACUCACGGACGACGACGACGCCGACGACAGCUCCGUGGUUGUGACAAACGCGAACAAUCCGUUCCUGGUGAUGGCGGCGACUCCGGCUCCGGUUCAGCGACCGUCGCCGGCGGCGCGCGACGCGAGCGCGAGCGCGAGACCGAGCGGGAUUGAUUUGGAGUCGUGCAACUUGAUUUGGAGCACCCAGAGGAAGUCCCGAGGCGAGACGGCGGGGGGGGAGGCGGGGGAGCUCGCCGCGACGGGUGAAUCGAACGACGGCGUGUCCGCGUCCCCCGGUUCGCUUCCCCCGAUCCCGUCGUCCUACCUCGAUUAAUUAGUCUAGCGGCGAGAGCGAGUAGCGAGUCCGCUUCGUUUCCACGCGGCGGGCGCGAUGAUGUUUAACAAAUUUUAGGGUACAACAG